AUGAGCGGACGAGUAGGAGAUCUCAGUCCCAAACAAGCCGAGGCCUUGACACAGUUUAAGGAGAGAUUAGAAGAUGUGUUUAACCAGCUGCCCAAUCAGAGUGAUCAUUAUCUGCUCCGCUGGCUCAGAGCCCGAAGCUUUAAUGUCCCGAAGGCUGAGGCCAUGCUUAGGAAGAACCUGGACUUUUGCAAGCAUAUGAAAGUCGACAAAAUCAUUCAGAACUGGAGGCCACCAGAGGUCAUCGAGCGUUACGUGUCCGGUGGAUUGUGCGGUUAUGAUCGUGAAGGAAGUCCCGUCUGGUAUGACAUCAUCGGACCUCUUGACCCCAAGGGUCUCUUACUGUCGGCUAGCAAACAGGACUGUCUCAGGACCAAAGUCAGAGAUGCUGAAAUACUACGGCAGGAGUGCGAGAAGCAGUCUGAAAAGCUCGGCAAGUACAUUGAAGCCAUCACCAUCAUUUAUGACUGCGAGGGACUUGGUAUGAAACAUCUGUGGAAACCUGCUGUUGAGCUGUACGGCGAGGUUCUGACCUUGUUUGAAGAGAACUAUCCAGAGAGCCUUAAAAGACUGUUUCUGAUCAAAGCCCCUAAACUCUUCCCUAUUGCAUACAACCUGGUGAAACACUUCCUGCGUGAAGAAACGAGACAGAAGAUCAUCAUACUGGGCGCUAACUGGAAGGAGGUGUUAAGGAACUAUAUUGAUGCAGAUCAGUUACCCGUCAUUUACGGAGGCUCCAGGACCGACACCGAUGGAAACCCUUACUGUAAGACCAUGUUAAAUUAUGGUGGAGUAGUGCCGAAAUCAUAUUACGUGAGGGAAUCUAUAAAAGUUCAGUAUGACCAGAACGUCACCGUUAGUCGAGGCUCCUUCUACCAGCUGGAGUAUGAGGUUCUCUUCCCCAACUGCUUGCUACGAUGGCAGUUUGCGAGUGAAGGGUCUGAUAUUGGUUUUGGACUCUUCCUGAAGACCAAAGGGAAUGACACAAAAAAACGGGAAGACGUGCAGGAAAUCAUUCCCAUCCAACGCUACAAUUCCCACCUGGUUCCAGAGGACGGAUCUCACACCUGUGAGGAUGCAGGCAUCUAUGUGGUCCGAUUUGACAACACAUACAGUGUGAUUCAUUCAAAGAAGAUCAGCUUUACUGUGGAUGUGCUUCUACCUGAAGGACAAAUGAUGACCAAGCAGGCGUGAAUCACACUUUACCUCAUAUUACUUCACUCAUAUAGCCAAAAUGUAUUCAUGUUGACCACACUGUUUCAAUAGUGUAAAUUCAGAUUGCUCUAAAAAGUCCUUUUCAGAAUCGGGUAAGUGAACAUGUACAUGGAAUACAGUAUGUGAACAUGGAAUGUAAAUGUACAGGUUUUUUUUAAG